CUCUACGGCAAGCAAGAAGGCGUUCCCGGAAAACGAACAAAACCGGGGGGGAAAAUGUGACCGCCGCUACAUGAAUGAUUAUAUUUGUGUUAAACACAGUAACAUUUUGGAUAAAAAUGUUGUAAUACUUGAAGGUGGAAGAAAUCACGGUUAGUGCUCCGCCCCGCUGGAGCCGGACAGGACGUGGGAGUGAGAGAAGUCCUCGGAGGUCACACUUAGUAGUUGGAGGUAGUCAAUUAUUAUUAUUAUUAUUAUUAUUAUUAUUAUUAUUAGUGGUGGUUGUCUACAAACUACAAGUUAAGAUUUAUUGUGGAGCAUUUUUUGUUUUUUUUAGCACGUAUUUUCCUUACUUGACGCUGACGAGGCAGCGGACCGGACAGCCUCGUCUUGCCCGGGAAGCACCGCCUGCCACCGGGCUGCUACUUUUACGCCUUCCCGGCAUCUACACGGUUCUUUACACAAGUUUAUUCAUGCGACCUUCCACACUUCUAUGGAAAGCAAACUUCAUAUUUUUGAAAUGCUGUUUAUUUAACUUGUGCAAGCUAACCUGGCUAGCAUCACAACGGACUGUUUGCUACCUUCCUGUCUGCUACUAAAUCAGUUGUGCCUGAGUCCAUGGUCAUUAAUGUCUCUCUCGGCAUCUAAUGGAAGAUAAAGCAUCCACCAGGUUUGCCAUGGUUUCGAGACUGCCCAAGUUCGGCGGGCGCUCGGCGAGUAGCGGUUCCACCACCCUUUCCAACGGUUUGCCGACCCAGGAUGCCAAGACAACUCCCCUUCCUCCUGUAGUAUCGCGGCCAAAUGGUGUGAUUAAAACCUCUCCCUUUUCCCUGAAGUGGAAGAGAGAUGAAGGAGCAACCUCUUCCAGCGUUACCUUUCCCACCAAUCCUGUGGAUGGAGGUAAAGAUAAGCCUUCAAGACCGCUUCCUGCAACAGUAAAGGCCCCAGGGACACCUAUAAUGCGGAGGUCUGGUGCAUUGAUGGUGGCUGUCUCGAGCCCGAAAACCAUCCCUAAGCAAACCCUAAAGCUGGGUCCCAGGGAAGGAUCCAAACUGAGUCCAGGCCCUAUGAACGGAGCGCCUAAAAUACACCUCAAUGACCCAGGAAUCUCUGCAGGGUCUGAUUCCCGCCUUGCACGACCCAAGUUAUAUUCCCCGAGAAGCAGCUCCCAAGACAGCCUUUCCCAGUCCAGUGAAAGCUUGAAGACCUUGGCUCUGGACAAGAUGGUGCGCUCAAACAGCUUCACCCACUUCAAGCAGAUCCCCUCUCCCAGCAGCCAGCCCAUAAUACGCUCCUUCUCCUUUAACCGGGCUGUGGAACUAGCCAAACCUCUCACCAACACUCAGCUCAGACCGCCUCGAAGUAGUUUCCUCAAACCUCCCCAUCUUAGCAAUGGAAGAUUAGGUUUAGGACUUGGGGGUAUCAAUGAAAACCAUGGUGGGUCUGGAUCUUCUAGUAACGGGAUUGGAGGUCUUCAGUACAGCAGAACCGCUCCUGCUACCUCCUCUUCAAUAUCACCAGCGCCCACUACUCCCGUUGCUCUGAAGAAGCCUCUACUCUCCACUUUCAACAAGUCACUGGGAAAUACCAAUGGAUCUUUGGGCUACAAGCUGACAAAACCUGGACAGACCAAGCAGAAAAAGACUUCUUUUCUUCCAGGUUGGCUGAAAGGCGACGUCAAAGCUUCGUCGGCCACUCAAUGUGGGGAUCUGUCAAAGACAGAGAGAGAUUCCGAGCCAGUUGAAGAGGCUGAAGACCCUCAUAGUAGUCAAAAUCCUGCUGACGGACAAGAAAAGGAUAGCAGUGGUCUGACACAAAGCUCAGCAGACCCGGCAGGCGGUGAUGGUCAGGAGGACAUGUCCCUGUCUUCUGCUUCCUCCCCAGACCGAGGUAACACCAGUGAAGAGUUUCUAGACGACUUGGACAGCGUGGGAGACGUGUUCAGUGAUGGGGACAUUCAUGACCAUAAGAAUACUGGCUCGGAUGGUUUUCUUGACGAUAACGGAGACUGGGAUCUGGCAGACCACAACGAAGAGAGCCCUAUGGAGGACUCCCAGGGACCACUUGUGAGGUCUCCAGUGGAGGCUGAUCUCUGCCAGGCUUCAUCCUUGGAGCUGUCACCUUCCGACAGCUCUGGGGGAACUUACAUGUGGGAUGAAGAAGGUCUGGAACCCCUCGGAGGGCCCGGGACACAUCCGUGUGAUCUCUAUGAUGACUCCAAGCUCAACAGAAUGGUGCAUCCCAUUGAGCUUGAUGUACUUUAUCCCCUGAAAGACAUCCUGAACAACCUGCCCCCUCCAGGACCACGGGACGAUGACGACCUCAUGCUGGACGUCGACCUCCCGGAGGAUGGCCUACAUGAUGCUGACAGGAUGUCCAACGGGGAAAGCGCGGCUCGGCGGCAGGCACAGCGGCGAAGGCAUCAACGCUGGAGCGGACCGGCCGGAUUCGACGCAGGGACACAAUCCCCGCAGGGCCUCAAAUCUUCAAAGAUGUCCCCGCAGGCCGGCCCCUCCGAGGCCAGGCGGCAGGGUUCGGCUGCCUCGCCGGAUGAACUCUCGCUGGAACACUUGAGCCAGGACUGCAGCUCGGUCAAGAAGCAGCUGCUCAGGCUGAGGAACCUGCUGCAGCGUGAGGAUCCUGACUUGCCAGCAGCAGAUGUUGUCCAGGACGGUGAAGGCAACACCGCCACUGCGGCCCAGUGUGAAGAGCUGCUGAAGGAGGUGCUCAUGCUGAGAGAAGAAGUGAGGACCAGGGACAAGACCAUACUUCAGCUGACUCUGCAGUGUCAGCAGCAACACCCGCAAUGUCAGUGCCGCCAGCAGAGGGCGCCCUCGCUGCUGCGCCCGCCCGCCCACCAGCGUCACGACAAGGCCACCCAGACCCACUGGAGACCGCCCGGACGCCCUGCGAGUCUCGCCCAGCGUCACCUUCCUCUCCAUGUCCGCCAGCAGGAGGCGUCAGUAAGAACUCUCACCGAGGACCGCACUGAAGGAAGACCGUGUGAUGACGCUCCUCUCCAUGGUCUGGUGUCAGCAGCGGAGCUCAGUCGCCUGCUGGGUGCUCACGGUUCAAGUUCAGGGGCUCAACUGGCGUCCCCGAACUUGGCGCCCGGCUGUGGUACGGGUGUGCCCCUCCCCGCCGCCACGCCGCUCAGACACUCGUCUUCGCUGGCCGGCAGGACCAGGCAGCUCCCGCCUCCGUCCAGGGGCCUUCCUGGCUUUAACACCAACACCCGGCCUCACCUCCCCGGCCUGAGUCGCACCUCGCCGCCCCGGCCCGGCGGUGGUCCCGACUCCAAGAUGUGGGCUCGCUCGUGUCUCCCCAAGCCAAAGAUUCCCUGAGCAGGUGUGGACUCCACCUGCCGUAGCACCGUGUCACUUUCAUGACUUAGGAAAUCCAUUUCAUGCUCGGCCCGACCCGCGUGUGCGCAAACUUUCAAGACGGUGACCUUUACCGCACGGCGCUGACGGGCGAGCUGGAAACUGAACGUGCCCAAAGAAAAUGUAGCUGAGCGGACACAGCAUUAGGUACAGGCAGUCCAAGAAUAUGGAUGUCUUCUUUAAGGUAGUACUCACACUUUUGUUCCACCUCAGAAUAUCUUCUUUAAGGAAGUACUCACACUUUUGUUCCAUCUCAGAAUAUCUUCUUUAAGGAAGUACUCACACUUUUGUUCCACCUCAGAACAUCUUCUUUAAGGAAGUACUCACACGUUUGUUCCACCUCAGAACAUCUUCUUUAAGGGAGUACUCACACUUUUGUUCCACCUCAGAAUAUCUUCUUUAAGGGAGUACUCACACUUUUGUUCCACCUCAGAAUAUCUUCUUUAAGGAAGUACUCACACGUUUGUUCCACCUCAGAACAUCUUCUUUAAGGAAGUACUCACACUUUUGUUCCACCUCAGAAUAUCUUCUUUAAGGAAGUACUCACACGUUUGUUCCACCUCAGAACAUCUUCUUUAAGGGAGUACUCACACUUUUGUUCCACCUCAGAAUAUCUUCUUUAAGGGAGUACUCACACUUUUGUUCCACCUCAGAACAUCUUCUUUAAGGAAGUACUCACACUUUUGUUCCAUCUCAGAAUAUCUUCUUUAAGGAAGUACUCACACUUUUGUUCCACCUCAGAACAUCUUCUUUAAGGAAGUACUCACACUUUUGUUCCAUCUCAGAAUAUCUUCUUUAAGGAAGUACUCACACGUUUGUUCCACCUCAGAACAUCUUCUUUAAGGAAGUACUCACACUUUUGUUCCAUCUCAGAACAUCUUCUUUAAGGAAGUACUCACACUUUUGUUCCACCUCAGAAUAUCUUCUUUAAGGGAGUACUCACACUUUUGUUCCACCUCAGAACAUCUUCUUUAAGGAAGUACUCACACUUUUGUUCCAUCUCAGAAUAUCUUCUUUAAGGAAGUACUCACACUUUUGUUCCAUCUCAGAAUAUCUUCUUUAAGGAAGUACUCACACUUUUGUUCCACCUCAGACUAUCUUCUUUAAGGAAGUACUCACACUUUUGUUCCACCUCAGAAUAUCUUCUUUAAGGAAGUACUCACACUUUUGUUCCACCUCAGACUAUCUUCUUUUAGGAAGUACUCACACUUUUGUUCCAUCUCAGAAUAUCUUCUUUAAGGAAGUACUCACACUUUUGUUCCAUCUCAGAAUAUCUUCUUUAAGGAAGUACUCACACUUUUGUUCCACCUCAGACUAUCUUCUUUUAGGAAGUACUCACACUUUUGUUCCACCUCAGAAUUGAUUAAUUGAUUGAGACUUUUAUUAGUAGAUUGCACAGUACAGUACAUAUUCCCUACAAUUGACCACUAAAUGGUAACACCCCAAUAAGUUGUUCCACUUGUUUAAGUCGGGUUCCACGUUAAUCAAUUUGUGGUCAAGAAAACUCUCCAAGUACCACAUUAGGUCCAAAUAUUCAUUCAAAUCUAUUUAUUUAACAAAUAUAUUUAAUAUUUUUGGCCACUUUGAAAAGUAACACUGUGUUUUGAAUAUGGAAAAAAUAAA